AUGGUCCCGACGACACGAGUCUUUCGACUUGCACUACGACACGCUCGCGUUGGUGCCACAGAUCUGCGACCCAGAGGUUUUCAUGCUUCCAUUGUAACUCCAGCUCGUCGAAAUCGUCGACGCUCGCCUGGCUCGUCCUCAUCCAAGUCGUCAGCCGUUUUUCCAGGCAAUGAGACUGACGACAAGGACUUUGUCAAGUGGUUCGAGGAGAUGCAGCAGCAGUAUCCAACCAAGACCCAAUGUCUAGACGAGGACGAGACGUUGAAGUUGAUGGAGUUGGAAGACGAAGACGAGCAUGACGACGGCGAAGAGCCUGAUGAGGAGACGGAGAAGUUUCUGGAAGAAGCUGAAGAUCUCUUUCGUCUAAGCCCGGCUGAGUUCCAGAAACGCAUGGCUUCAUUUGACACACGUGACGUCCAUGAAAAUGACAGCGAUGAUGAGGACGAUGACGAAGACGGGAUCGACCGUGCGACGGAACGGAUCCCGAAGAAACGGUUGUUGAAGUUGUUGGGAGAGCUGGACCCUAGCAGUGUCUUAAAUGGCAAGAACAACGAACGAAUGCCGAACGCUAGCUUGAAGAACAAGAAUGCGUCCCCGCUACAGAAAAAGCCAAAGCUGCCCAAGGCUGACCGUGUGACGUAUCGCCAGGAGAGUGUGGGCAUUGCCGUGCUGGAAUAUGUGCAGAACCUGUUGGUUGAGGAUGCAGAUGCUUCUGGGAUCGACAUCGUACCUACUUUUGUUGAGGCAAACGUGUCACCUGACCUCCGCCGAGUGGUGCUUUUCUGGGAGCCGGUACGCUGGAACUCAGAGAAUCAACAGAUCGGUAAGAAGAAAGUCGAGGCGGUGAAGAAUCGCCUUCAACGCCUCGAGCGCUGGGUUCGCCGCAGCGUCACUCAGCACCUGAACUUGAAGUACUCACCUAUUGUCCAGUUCAAGCAACAGAAGGAGGCAAAGGCUGAGCAGGCACAAACGCUGUUUGAAGACGAAAUGAAGUGGCUGGAUAAGGCGUAA